CAACGUAGCCCUGUGUCUCGAAUUGCCUUUGGUUCUUAAAAUUACAUGGUCAUUUAGCGCCAUGUCUUCACGGUCAAUAAGAAGUUCUGAUGAAAUUGUAUCACACUGUUUUCGUGGUUUGACAGCUGCAGUAAUUAUGUAAAGUAUUAAAAAAUAUCGAGGCUAUGAACAUAUACUCUGUAACCCUCAGUGGCCCAGCGCCUUGGGGCUUCAGGCUGCAGGGUGGCAAGGACUUCAGCAUGCCCCUCACCGUGUCAAGGCUGACCCCGGGCGGGAAGGCAGCUCAGGCUGGUGUCGGGGUGGGAGACUGGGUGGUGUCUAUUGGUGACACCAAUGCAGAGGACAUGACCCAUGUGGAAGCACAAAACAAGAUCAGAGCAGCAACAGACUCCCUCACCCUCACCCUCAGCAAAGCUUUCAAAACAGGUGGAGACCAGAAGGACUCACUUGCUCCGGCUUCUGUUCAGCCAAAGUACUCCUUUGCCCCCAGCACAACCAUUAACAAGAUGGCGAGGCCAUUUACAGCAGGUGGUGGUAGUGCCAACUCAGGACCUGCUAUAAAACCUGUUGCCUACUCGCCUAAACUUAACACUCCGCGCUCACAGGGCCGUGCCAGUAUGCAGCAGCCACAGAAUGGCCUUGAGCCAACUCCCUCACCUGCCAAGGCCCAGGCAGCAGAUAAACCAGAUGAUCACCUCGGUUUCUGUGGCUCAGGCUCCAAGACUGGCGCCGCAGCAGCGGGCAGCUCGGGUACUUCCUCUCGACCACCUUGGGUCACUGACCCUAAUUUCGCCGACCGCUUUCGCCCGGACAAGACCAGCACCGUCGUAACCCAGCACCAGCAGCCAGUCCAGCCGACACCCAUGCAGAACCGCAGCUCCAUCCUGCAGGCAGCGCAGCAGGCACCUGAAGACAGCGGGAGGACCCCAGUAUGCGGCGCCUGCAACAAAAUCAUCAGGGGUCGGUACCUGGUAGCGCUGGGCCGUUCUUGGCACCCGGAGGAGUUUGCGUGUUCACAGUGUAAGGCGGUCCUGGACGAGGGGGGCUUCUUCGAGGAGAGAGGGUCUGUCUACUGCACCAAGUGCCACGAUAACCGAUACGCUCCUAACUGUGCCAAGUGCAAAAAGAAGAUCACAGGGGAAAUCAUGCAUGCCCUGAAGAUGACCUACCAUGUUCAGUGUUUCAAGUGUGCAGCCUGCAAGACUGCCAUCAGGAACCAAGCUUUUUACAUGGAGGAGGGCGAACCCUACUGUGAGAGAGACUACGAGAAGAUGUUUGGCACCAAAUGCCAUGGCUGUGACUUUAAGAUUGAUGCCGGGGAUCGGUUUCUGGAGGCCUUGGGCUACAGCUGGCACGAUACGUGCUUUGUCUGUGCUCUCUGCCAAAUCAACCUGGAGGGGAAGACGUUCUACUCGAAGAAGGAUAAGCCCCUGUGCAAAGGCCAUGCUUUUGCUCCAGUGUGAGAGAUCAAGCCUCAUCUUCAGAGGAAGAGACACAUCUCUCUCUCCCUCCUCUUUACCCCUCUCCACCCUCUGGCACACUUGCACACACUCUACAUCUCCUCUUUGCCAACCACACACCUAGUUAAACGUAGUCUAUUUUUCUGUUGUGCAGCUUCAAAUACUUUACUGUGCUAUUAAGACAAUUCAAAUGUUACUGUCUUUAAUACCAAAUGCUGAGUUGUGUAACUGGAAGUAGUCAAGGAAUUAAUUCAUAUCAUGUCACCUACUUGUUGACUUUUAAGUCAUGUAUAGAUUGGACAUUAAAAUGCAGCUGCGGUUAAUCUAGAUUUGAUGAUAGUUAGAGAAAGAUUCUCACGGCUCCACUAUCUCACCCUCGUUCAGUCUGAAGUAACAUCAAGUCUGUAUCUUCCAAGUUGGAGGAGCCAUUGAGCCUCUAAUGGUCUCACAUUGCGGUAAUGAUCCAUUACUGCUCCUGCAGUAAGUGAUGAGAAGUGGUGGCCCCAUUCAGGACCCUGGCCCACUCACUGACUCUCAGUGCAGUGCCUGUUAGCAUAAUGGGGGUCCAGUCAAGCAGAAAAGGGGGGCAUCCCAUUCCUGCUUGACUGGACCUCUCCAUAGAAGCACUAACUGCUUAACUUAUCACUUUAGCAAAUCAGAGCACAUACUGCGGGUAAUAGCUGUAAUUUUCAGUUAUGUAAUAAUUGAUCCAGUUUUAAUAGUCACACAUGUGGGUGUUGGAGGAAGUGGUAUUGUUUUGAAAUCUUUCACACUGCUAUGGUAAGAAUAUUUGUCAAAGCUUUGAAAUGGUCAUCAUUUAUUGGACAUUUUUUAUGUAAAGGGGGGAAAAAAAAGUCCUAAAGUGUUUGUGUCCCUUGUGUUACUAUGAUAUUGUGAUUAUUCCUUCGAGUACUUUCAAGCCAUUGUUGAAUAUGUAUUUAUAUUGCUUCAGAAUGGGCCUGUAAGUGUUGUUUUUCUAGUUGCUGGACGUUUCAAAUAAAAUAAUUUAGUAUUGCCAUGUGCUGGGGCCGAACACUGUGGGCUGAAGUGUUUCUAAGAGGGGGAACCCAUCUGUAAGAUUUUGUGUCGACUGAGGUUCUGGCUGUCUUAGCGCUUACUAACAGCUGCGCCUCAACAACAGGACAAUAGACUUCCUAACGUGUUUUGCUCUUAUUUGCGUGUUGUGUUUUUAAAAUUCAAGCAUUACACAAACAGCUUUUUGACCUCUAAGACCCCGAGACCCUUGUGAACUUGAAUGAAUGAAAACAUCCUGUAGAUGUAGAAAGAAACAAUUAAUUGAACUUGUAGACAUGAGUGUAUCACUACUGUAGCCAUUUAAUCACUAAAGUCUGAUGUAAGUGUUCUUUUACUUAUUUGCUUUCUUACCAAAAUUGGUUCCCAUUCUGGGGAUUGGGACCCCCCAAGGCAUCAAGGGAAAAAAAAAAUCUGAAAGGUUAACAAAAUGAUCUAAUUCACUAGAUGGUUUUAUCUCAGCUCAUUAAGACAAUGAAAAUAAAAUUAUGUGAGAAGGAAACAGAUUUUU